AUGGCCCCCCCAGCCGAGAUCUCCAUCCCCACAACCUCCAUAUCCACUCCCUCCUCUUCCUCGGAGUCUGGAGGUACCAAACCAUUCACCCUCUACAACAUCACCCUCCGGCUUCCGCUGCGCUCCUUCGUCGUACAAAAGCGCUACUCAGACUUUUUGGCCUUACACCAAGCCUUGACCUCCCUCGUCGGCUCCCCGCCUCCCGAGCCCCUGCCCGCAAAGAACUGGUUCAAAUCCACCGUCAACUCGCCCGAGCUCACGGAAAAGCGCCGCGUCGGGCUAGAGCGCUACCUCCGCGCCAUUGCCGAGCCGCCCGACCGUCGCUGGCGCGACACCCCCGUCUGGCGCGCCUUCCUGAACCUCCCCGGCGGGGCUGGCGGUAACGCGGCUGCCAGCACGACGGGUAGCGGAAGCGGGAUUGAGGGCAAGAUCCCUGCUAUUGGGCUCAAGGAUGCCAAUCUCGCGGCUGCCAGCGACCCGGGCACGUGGCUGGACUUGCACCGCGAGCUGAAGGGCGCGUUGCACGAGGCGCGCGUGGCGCUGGGGAGGAGGGAUGGGGCUACGGAGAAUAUGACCAAGCUGGAGGCGGGCUCGGCGGCGAAGAGGGCGUUGGUUAGGGCCGGCAGUUUGCUAGGCGCGUUGCAGGAGGGGCUGGGGCUGAGACGACGAAGGGAUCUGUUGGCGGCUGCCAGGGUGGAGAGGGAUGGCUUGGAUAAACUCAGCUCGAGCCUAGCGCACGCAAGUCGCGAGGCGGCGAGGCAGGCUUCGAUUAGUGGGCCGUCUGCUGGAGGAGGAAGUGGGAGCAGUAGUGGGGAGGCCGGGGAGAGGGCGAAGCUGUUUGCUGCUGGGUCUUCAGCAGCUGGCGGCGGUUCGGUGAGGGGGGGAAGGGUGUUGGGCGCGCCGCUGCCGGAGACGGAACGGACGAGGGAACUGGAUAAUGACGGGGUGUUGCAGCUGCAGAGGGAUACGAUGCGCGAUCAGGAUAUGGAGGUCGAGGCGCUGGCGAGGAUCGUGCGCAGGCAGAAGGAGAUGGGAUUGGCUAUUAACGAUGAGGUGGAGCGCCAGACAAACAUGCUGGAUAACCUCAACACUAAUGUCGAUGUGGUGGAUAAGAAACUAAGGGUGGCCAAGGGACGGGUGAAGAAGCUUGGUUUUGAAGAGGAAGAGGAGGACGAGCAGGAUGAAGCCGCCGAUGAGGAUAGUCUCAACAGGAUGAUCUUUGUCAUGUCAAGCGAGGAAAGUUCCGUGGCCGAGAUUGUCGUUGUUCCUACUACGGUAGUGGUACAAGGAGAUCAACAACAGCAGGGGGAAGCUGUCCACAGACCCCGCCAAAAUGGCCGCAUACGACUACGACGCGAUCAAUGGCUGUUGUAUGAAUCAUUACCAGAUGACAACAACAACGACGACGGAGCCGACGACGGAGACGACAACGACGAAGACCACUUCAGCAGCAGCAACAACAAGAAGAACGAAAAGAAGACGAGGACGAAAACAGAAUCACAGAAACAACAGGAGCAUGUAGCAGCAGCAGAAGGAAAGGAAAGAAAGGAAGAAAGACAAGGAGAGAAGGGUACACCCUCGGGGGUUGGCGGUAGCAGCAGCAGCAGCAGCAGCGAAGAAGGCAACAACAUACUCGACGCCGUCCUUUUGCUUUGUGUCAAGGGCGUCCUCGCCGGCGUCCAGGGGUUCUGGUUGUUGCAGUGGGUGUUGGGCAGGUUGUCGGAUGUGCUCACCAAAGUGGUGGAGUUUGGUCUGCUUCUUUUGGGAAUACAACCUACUACUACUACUGUUCCUGCUGUUGGUACGGAGUAA